AUGACCGUCGAUGAUCAGAAGCCACUCCUUGAUAGUCCAGUUGGAGUUGAUGAUGAAGAGUCCAUGACCAAGUCGAAGCAUCUCCGGAUUGGCAAGUUGGCGCUCGCAUCGCUCUUAUUAGCUUGUUUUCUAGCCAAUGCAGAUGAAUCCUUUAUCCUUACGACAGGCAGUGAUGUCGCCGCCGCCCUCGACGCACCCGAAUAUACCUCGUGGCUUAUUACUUCGUAUAAUCUGGGCUAUACAACUGCACUUCCAUUGCACGGUCAAUUAUGCGAUUUGACUGGACCCAAAAGAGCCAUUCUACUAGCCUUGACCUUGUAUGGAUCUGGGUGCAUUAUAACAGGAAUCUCGGGUUCCAUCCACGUCGCCCUCGCCGGUCGUGUUAUCUCAGGAAUCGGUGGCUCUGGAAUGGUUGAACUAGUCUCCGUUCUGGUAAAUGAAAUGGGCAGCUUUCAUCGCGUCGCGGUGUUGCGCUCUUACGUUACCACGUCUUCGAUAAUGGGAAUUACUUGCGGUGCUCCCUUGGGUGCCCUGCUCACUAGCUACUUUGGCUGGCAAUGGGCAUUCUUGAUACAUGUCCCCUUUGCGAUCCUGUGUAUCGGCGUGGUCUUCCUUGCACUUCACAUUGAGAAGCCGCAGUCUAUUAUCCCCACUGGAGAAACAUAUGGAGCGAUUAAUACGAAUAAGUAUGGUGGCGCUAAGUUGAAACAGAAGUCAUUCGAUGUUGCAGGGCUUGUUUUCCUCAUGACCGCAAUCGUAUGCUUGCUUGGCCUCAUUCAAGUAAUCCCAGCGCAAGAUAUGGACAAUAGGUCAACCGCUCUGAUUACUCUGGGGGUCGCUUGCUUGGCAUGCUUUGUGGCGUUCUUCAUCAACGAAGCCUAUGUGGCCCAAAACCCAUUGAUCCCGCUUUUCCUCCUCAAGCCUCACAACCUCGGUUUGAUUUAUGCUGUUCAAGUGCUUACUGGUGUGACAAAUUCUGCUGUAAGGUCCCUGAGCUCUGAUCAACGCGACUCGCAGCAUGGAUUUCUGACUCGUCGUUUAUAG